AUGUCUACCGUUACCUCCGACGUGGCCGUCGCGCCCAAGCUUGAGAAGAAGCCCGUCAAGUUCAGCAACUUGCUGCUCGGCGCCGGCUUGAACAUGUUCGAGGUCACCACUUUGGGUCAGCCGCUGGAAGUGAUCAAGACAACCAUGGCCGCGAAUCGAGGCGACAGCUUCGCCGGCGCAAUGGGUCGGAUUUGGGGUCGUGGCGGGAUCCUCGGUUAUUACCAAGGACUCAUUCCGUGGGCCUGGAUUGAGGCCUCCACCAAGGGCGCCGUGCUCCUCUUCGUGGCCUCCGAGGCCGAGUACCAGGCUCGCUCCCUGGGAGCGAACCAGUUUGUUGGUGGCAUCGCUGGUGGUAUGGUCGGAGGUAUUGCCCAGGCAUAUGCUACCAUGGGGUUCUGCACCUGCAUGAAGACCGUGGAGAUCACCAAGCACAAGAUGGCCGCUGCGGGUGUCAAGCCCCCUAGCACCUUUGCCACCUUCAUGGAUAUCUAUCGCAAGGAGGGUAUUCGUGGAAUCAACCGUGGUGUCAACGCCGUCGCCAUCCGUCAGACCACCAACUGGGGUUCCCGUUUCGGUCUGUCCCGUCUGGCCGAGUCGGCCAUUCGUAAGGUCACCGGCAAGGAUGACACCCAGAAGCUCUCCGCUUGGGAGAAGGUGCUUGCAUCCGGUCUUGGUGGUGGUCUCUCGGCUUGGAACCAGCCCAUUGAGGUCAUUCGUGUCGAGAUGCAGAGCAAGACUCAGGAUCCCAACCGCCCCAAAAACUUGACUGUCGGCAAGACCUUCAAGUACAUCUACGACAGCAAUGGUCUCAAGGGUCUCUACCGUGGUGUCGCUCCCCGUAUUGGCCUGGGUAUCUGGCAGACUGUCUGCAUGGUGGCUCUUGGUGACAUGGCCAAGGAAGCUGUCGAGAAGCUGACUGGCGAGACUGUUACCGCUAAGCACUAG